AAUCCAUUACAGAGAAUUAAUCAUUCAAUUCCAUCAAAAAGCUAUACACUUGACUAGUGAGGCCAAUUAAAUUUGUCUAACCCUCACAAACCCAGAUGAAAUACCACUCUGAUAAACCCCCCAAAACCUUCUAGACGACAGUCUUUCUCUGACCAGUCCACAGUGCCCAUGCCAAGGAUAUGGCUUGCAGACGAACCAUCCUUGCAGUUGCAGGGCAGUGAAUUCAAUAUGGGGGGGGAGGGGGGGUUGGUUUUGUUGGUUGUCAUUGAAUUCAGCUCCAAUAGAUUUUACCAGACUUGGUCUUCAACCCAUAAAAAUCCAAAUCGGGGGGUAUAGGAUCAAUACAAUCCACUGAGACAGAGUGGUUGCAGGUCAUAAUGAUCUCUAACUGUGACAAUGUCGCUUUUCCUUGCUCUGCUUUUAUGGCUUAACGUGCGGAAUCCUUAACGUGCACGCACAUAUACACACAACUCUGUGUUUGUUGAUUAGAUUUCUGUCCUCCGCAUUAAACCCACACAUCCACCAACACAGUGACGGACCUCUUCAUAUGGCUUUCUUUAAAUUAAACUCCCCACCUGCAAUUUCAUGCUCAUUCUCAACUUAAUACCUUUCUCUCCUUCUGAAAACACAAAACGCUCCCCACCUAAACAAUGGCUUCUCUUUCUCUUGACUCUUAUUAUCAUCUCCUCCUCAGUGUCCUAGCUGUCUUUGUUUCAGGCCUAAUCUUGCUACUCUCCAUCAAAAGCAAAUCAAAACGCUUGAAUUUACCUCCUGGACCGCCUGGAUGGCCGGUAGUUGGCAAUCUUUUUCAGGUUGCUCGUUCUGGCAAGCAAUUCUUCGAAUAUGUGGAAGACCUUCGCAAAACGUAUGGUCCUAUCUUUACUCUCAAAAUGGGGACAAGAACUCUAAUUUUCAUCAGCAAUGGUAAGUUAGUCCACAAAGCACUUAUGGAAAAUGGUUCUCUGUUUCAUUCCAGACCGAGGGAGACCCCGACUCGAACCAUAUUCAGCUGUGACAAGUUCACCGUUAAUGCUGCUGUCUACGGGCCAGUGUGGCAGUCGCUGAGGCGAAAUAUGGUGCAGAACAUGCUUAGUUCGAGCAGGCUUAAGGAGUUUCGGGAUAUGAGGAAUGCUGCCAUGGAUAAACUAAUCAAUCGACUUCGAGACGAAUCGGAAGCCAACAAUGGUGCUGUUUGGGUGCUCAAGAAUGCCCGUUUUGCGUUUUUUCGUAUACUUUUAGGGAUGUGUUUCGGGAUCGAAAUGGACGAGAAGACUAUUGAAAAAAUGGAUGAGUUGAUGAAGACUGUGUUGAUGGUUCUUGAUCCGAGAAUCGACGAUUAUCUCCCGAUUCUAAGUCCGUUAUUCCCCAAACAGAGAAAGCGAGUCCACGAAGUUCGACAACAACAAAUCGACUUCAUUGUCCCCUUCAUCGAGCAACGACGGGAAGCACUCAAGAACCCAGGAUCGGACAAGACGGCCAUGUCGUUCUCCUACCUCGACACACUGUUCGACCUCAAAAUCAAAGACCGGAAAUCCGCGCCCUCGCAGGCCGAACUCGUCACCCUCUGCUCAGAGUUCCUCAACGGCGGCACCGACACGACGGGGACUGGAAUCGAGUGGGGAAUCGCAGAGCUGAUUUCGAACCCCGAAAUCCAAUCAAAACUCUAUGAGGAAAUCAAACAAACAGUUGGUGAUCGAAAAGUGGAAGAAACCGAUGUGGACAACAUGGUUUACUUACAAGCUGUGGUGAAAGAAUUAUUACGCAAACACCCACCGACAUAUCUUUCACUGACACACGCAGUGACGGAGCCGGCGAAGUUAGGAGGCUACGACAUACCAACAGAUGCAAAUGUGGAGAUAUACUUGCCAGGUAUAAGUAAGGAUCCGGAAGUGUGGUCGGACCCGGAUAAGUUUGACCCGGAAAGGUUUCUAAAGGAGGAGGAGACGACGGUGGCAGCGGUCGCGAUCAAAAUGAUGCCGUUUGGGGUGGGGAGGAGGAUAUGCCCAGGAUUGGCAAUGGCCACAGUUCAUGUGCACCUUAUGAUUGCCAGGAUGGUUCAGGAAUUUGAAUGGAGUGCAUACCCACCCGAGAAGAAGUUGGAUUUCAGUGGUAAAUUGGCAUUUACUGUGGUAAUGAAGGACCCUCUUAGGGCAAUGAUCAAGCCUAGGGUGGUUUAAUAAGGGCAUAUCAAGUAUGAUUGAUAUUUUAUAUAUAUAUAUAUAUAGAUAUAUACUUUGUGGCUUUCAUGUGUGAUGGUAAGUUUUGUUGGGCUCUGUUUAUUUGUUUUACUAUCUAUGUAUAAGAGGUUUUCUGCUUUGGUUAUGGUGAAUGGGUCUCAUUUUCUUCAUGGGGAGUUGGGGACCUUCUAAAGAGGCUCUAUUUCCUAGUUUGGGCUGCCAAUUAAGAUGGGUGGUAAUUGAGGGUGACUAGCUCUAGCUCAUAUCGUUUUGCCAUAAAAGCUCUUUACCAACUAUUCAUGUGCUCAUUUAGUCUUGGUAGCUAAUUGGAUUGUCCCACCCUCUGUGCCUGUGCACAGGUGUUCAGUGAUUGAGCCGACGGCUUACCUGAAGGGGAAAAGAAAGAAAGAAAGAGAAAGUAUGAAUGUACGUUGUGGGGUAUUGAGAUUUGAGAGAGGUGUGCAUCCAUGAAUGAAGUGAAUAAAUUUAAGUCAUAAAGUUGACGUGAA